AUGGAAAAGCCGGAUUUCAUGGAGCGGGUCAUUACAAGUGGGAAAUUCUCAAAACCCCAACUUCAUCCUCAACCACAAGGACAUCAAAGCAAUGCAGACACACACUGCGGACGCGACUUCGAUGACAAAGUGAAACAACUUUCCUCCUCCUGCUCCUCCUCCGCCUCCCUCCUUCUCCACCCAGAUGGUUCUGCUUCACUGGAUGGGGCAGCUAAGCGGACAAACUGA